CUCAAAGGGUACAAAACAGUGCAGGCUGUGUGCUUUGACUGCCACAAUGGUCCAAGUUCGAAGUCUCGUUCUUCUGUCACUGUACUAUGGAGCAUUUGCAAUGCCACGUCCACAAAACGACGCAGACGUCACUCCAGGGGAUCAGAAAUUUGCUUUGGACUACCUAAACAAAUUUUAUGAACUGACCAGAAAAUCAACAAAGACAUUUGAAGAUAGGAUCAAAGAAAUGCAAAAGUUUUUUGGAAUCAGGAUCACAGGGAGGUUGGAUACGAACACAAUGGAUAUGAUGAAAACCCCCAGAUGUGGCAUGCCUGAUGUAGCAGAUUUCAGAGCCUUCCCUGGAAGACCAAUAUGGCCACAAACUUCCCUGACCUACAGAAUACAGAAUUAUACUCCUGACUUACCCAGGCGUGUGGUUGAUGAGUCAAUACAGAAGGCUUUCAAUGUCUGGAGCCAAGUGACUCCUCUGAGGUUCAGGAAGGUCACAAGUGGAUCAGCAGAUAUACUUAUUCAAUUUUCAAGACGAUCACAUGGUGAUCAAGCUCCUUUUGAUGGUCCUAAUGGGGUACUGGCCCAUGCCUAUGCUCCAUCAGAAGGAAUAGGUGGUGAUGCCCAUUUUGAUGAAGAUGAAAGAUGGACAAAUACCAGAGCAGAUUUCAAUUUAUUUCUGGUCGCUGCACACGAAUUUGGUCAUUCUUUGGGUCUUGAUCACUCUAACGAUCCCAGAGCUUUGAUGUUUCCAACCUAUCGCUAUGUGAACACAGACAACUUCCGCUUGUCUCAAGAUGACAUCAAUGGAAUACAGUCCUUGUAUGGCAGAAGGCCCAAAUAAGAUCUGGAGCGAAGAUUCCAUCCAGGGGAACUGAGGCAUAAACUAUAUGGCCAAAAGCAUAUGGACACCCCUUCAAAUUGACAGUUUAUGAGUUUGGUGUGUAUGGGCCUCAUGAUUGAGGCCUCAUGAUUGAUACGUUUGUGUGUAUGGGCCUCAUGAUUGAUACAUUUGUGUGCAUGGGCCUCAUGAUUGAUAUGUUUGGUGUGUAUGGGCCUCAUGAUUGGGGCCUCAUGAUUAAUGUUUGUGUGUAUGGGCCUCAUGAUUGAUACGUUUGUGUGUAUGGGCCUCAUUAUUGAUACGUUUGUGUGCAUGAGCCUCAUGAUUGAUACGUUUGUGUGUAUGGGCCUCAUUAUUGAUACGUUUGUGUGCAUGAGCCUCAUGAUUGAUACAUUUGGUGUGUAUGGGCCUCAUGAUUGAUACGUUUGGUGUGUAUGGGCCUCAUGAUUGGGGCCUCACGAUUGAUACGUUUGUGUGCAUGGGCCUCAUGAUUGAUACGUUUGGUGUGUAUGGGCCUCAUGAUUGAUACGUUUGGUGUGUAUGGGCCUCAUGAUUGAUACGUUUGGUGUGUAUGGGCCUCAUGAUUGAUACGUUUGGUGUGUAUGGGCCUCAUGAUUGGGGCCUCACGAUUGAUACGUUUGUGUGCAUGGGCCUCAUGAUUGAUACGUUUGGUGUGUAUGGGCCUCAUGAUUGAUACGUUUGGUGUGUAUGGGCCUCAUGAUUGAUACGUUUGGUGUGUAUGAGCCUCAACGUUAUUAUUGUUUAUGCGAUUUUAUGUAUGCACAAUUUGUCAUUGAGUAUGCUGUAUAUGAUCUCACAAGAUACAGUAAAAUGUUCUUUGCAAUAACUGCUUUUUGGUAUACAUCUCUCAUUUCAAGUCCAAAACUCCCUUUUUUGUCGGAUAUUAUGUAAUAAACUCAUACAAGU